AUGGGAACUCUGGAGCCAUGCGAUGAGGGGAUUCAUGAACCUGAUGGUAAUCAGGAAUGGGAUCUUCCUAUACCAUUUUCCGCCGUGACACAGACCAUUCGACCACUUGACGAUACCUUAAAAUAUGAUCUUAGCUUAUCAGAGGAGGAGACUACCCAAAAAGCUGGCGAAGGCUCGAUAAAGCGCACAAAAAAACCCUCAAUCAUCAUUGAUGAAUUUGGCUUUAAGAUUGAUCGUGAAAAAGAAGCUUUACCGCAACCGCUCAUUGAAUCAGUGGAAAAUCGGCGAGUCUGGAUGGCCUGCCUUGAAUUCUCAUACACUGGUCGGUUUAGUGAUUCUAACGAGAUUGGGGAGGAGUGUGGUAGUGAAGAUUCCCUCUGGAGUCGUCUUCUUCCCCGUCUGAGCGCAUCCCCGCGUUUGACUGAGCUAAUUCGUGGUUUAGAGGACCCACAAAAUUCUGGUGAGCGACUCAAGUGGUCAGGAGUGCCUAAUCCGGACUCCAAACUUAGUCCCCGUGAUGGCAUUCCUCACUCCAUACGCGCCCAAAUUUGGCCGCGUCUCACUCGCGCCUAUGAGCAGCAACAAGCCAGCAAUGAUGGCGGUGGUGGCGGCAGGAAAGUUCCGCUUAGUUACGCCGAGGUCAUUCGAUACAGCUCCUCUGUAUCUCCAAAGGUUGCCCACCAAAUUGAGAAGGACCUGUUGAGAACAAUGCCUAACAAUGUCUGCUUUUCCUCGGGAUCGUCUAUCGGAAUUCCUCGAUUGCGUCGAAUUUUAACUGCAGUUGCCUGGCUCUACACUGAUAUAGGCUACUGUCAGGGAUUGGGAGUGAUAGCGGCCAACCUGUUGCUGUUGUUGGAGGAGGAGACUGCCUUUUGGAUGAUGUGUGCGAUUGUUGACGAGGUCCUACCCUCCUCGUAUUUCUCAGCUGACAGUCUUCUGGGUGUUCAGGCGGACCAGCGCGUCCUCUGUCAACUCAUCUCUGUCUUCCUCCCUCGCAUCGAUGCUAUUCUUCAACAGCACGAUGUCGAUUUACCCUUGAUAACACUCGGGUGGUUUUUAACACUCUUCUCUGGUGUUUUACCCAUGCAAAUCGUGCUCCGAGUGUGGGACCUCCUGUUCUACGAGGGACCCACCGUGCUCUUUCGAAUCUCACUGGCCAUUCUAAAGAUCAAGGAGGAGGCUUUGGUCUCCGCAACCAAUACGGCCAGUUUCUUCAAUGAGAUCUCAAACGCCCCUGGCUCGAUUAAGGACGUUGUUGAACUCAUUAAGACUGCAUAUUCGUUUGAAGAGGAGUACCUUGAUCCGACAUAUAUCGACGGACUACGGAGGCACCAUCUAUCUCAACUGAUUGUGGAAAUGAGCAGUCAGGGUAGGGAGAACGAGCACGCCCGACCAUUGCCGAAACAGUUUCUUUCCAAACGGGAGUUGGACGAGUCCCGAUACGGUGGUCCACUGAGCCUUUUCUGUGGAGUAUUCGGUGGUCGAGCACGCACCUUCAGACCUCAGGAGGAGAUGGAGUAUGUGCUGCUUGAGAGGAAUGUGAGUGAGGUGAUUCAAGAGGCGCCACCAAUGCUGAUCGCAGACGAGCACACGAGGAUCGACUAUUAUCGCCAGUUUCACGAUCUCAACACAGCCGAUCCCAAAAUUAAAAAUAUUCGGCAGACGGAACUGCUUGUCAAUCUGAGACAGGCUAUCCUAGUGAUUGUACGCCACUUCCAUUACAAUGAUCCUAGCCAUGAGAAGGUCUCUUCCCAACCGGACUACUCUCUGGCAAGUCAUGGACGAGAUCUCACAGCCUACGUUCAGAUGGCCGCGGUUCAGAGUAGAAGAGCCAAGGCACUGGAGGACUUUGCGCGUCAGGAAAAGGACGAGCUGGGCUUCCUGCGACAUGACAUUAUCACGGUGGUUGACAUGCACGAUGAGCACUGCUGGCUGGGUGAGAUGAACGGUCUGCGUGGGUGGUUUCCUGCCAAACUGGUGGAACUGCUCGAUGAGCGCUCCAAACGCUACUCUCCUGCUGGCGACGACUCCGUCUACCCCGGUGUCGGCAGUCUAGUCAGGCGCGGACUGUGUUCCUCAUUGUGCGCAAUCUUUGAGUACGGGCUGAAAAAGACCCGCGGACUGACAGACCAAAGCUCGAGCCCCUGGAAGUUCAUUGAGGAGGUCGCGGUGUGGGAAGCCGAACGCGACUCCUCCUCUAUUCACUCUCGUCUCGUGCUCUGCCGAACCUUCCGAUUGGAUGAGGUGGGCAAAGUUCUGAGUCCUGAGGAGCUCCUCUAUCGAAUGGUAAACAAGGUUCUAAAGGAAAUGUUUUGUCCCAUUAACUUGCUCUUCACCUAUCUACUUACUGACCUGUGCUGUAAAUUUAGGGUCCUCAGCCAGUUCGCUUUCCAUCUGAACCCAUUAGCGGAGGUGAGCGAGGCAGUGUGCCAGAAGCGUGACCACAGUGACAGCGGGACAGGGGCGGAGGUGCGACGCCUCUUUCGUGCCGCCAAGAUGCCCCUUCGCCUGCUCUCUCGUUUGGGCCUGGGGGGUCUGAGGCCGUUGCGCGAGUACCAACGCCUGGGGCAGGAUUUCGGUGCAUUCCGAUACGACUUCGAGUCCACCGGAGACAUGCUUGUGAAGUACCACCUCUUCAGCUGGGAGCUCUGA